UCAAACUUGACCCAUUCAUUCAAUUCAACCCUCACAAACCAAGCAAAAGCAAUUGUCCCUUUCUCUCUCUCUUUUUCACUCUCUUUCCCUGCAAGCUGCAACCCUCUUUCUCUUUCUCUUCUCCCUUCGUACAAAGGGUUAGGAUUUUUAUUCUACAAUGAGUAGACCAACAACUCGAAGUAAAAAUAAAAGGCAGAGACAGGGGGAUGAUGAUGCCUGCACUUCUGAAAUAUGGAGGAAAAUUCACAAAACAGGUGCAGUAACUGAAAAUGAUAUGAACCAACUGUAUAUGAUUUGGAAACCGGUCUGUUCAGGCUGUCGUGUUAAUAAUAAAGACAACCCGAAUUGCUUCUGUGCAUUGGUUCCACCACCAAAUGGAACCCGGAAGUCUGGCUUAUGGCAGAAGAUGUCCGAUUUUGUUGAAAGUUUUGGCCCUGACCCGACUCAGGAUCUUCGUGCUUCUGCUAAUUCACCUGCAGGUUUGACAAAUCUUGGUGCAACAUGCUAUGCCAACAGUAUACUCCAGUGCUUGUACAUGAAUAAAUCUUUCCGAGAAGGCAUAUUUUCUGUAGAACCAGAUGUUUUACAACAGCAACCGGUGUUAGAUCAACUGGUUCGGCUUUUUCUACAGUUGCAUUUUAGUAAAAUGGCUUUCAUAGAUUCUUCUCCAUUUGUAAAAACACUGGAGUUAGACAACGGAGUUCAGCAGGAUAGCCAUGAGUUCCUGACAUUGCUUCUGUCAUUGCUUGAACGUUGCUUGAGCCAUUCCAAAAUUGCCAAGGCAAGAACAAUAGUUCAAGAUCUUUUCCGAGGAAGUGUGUCUCAUGUGACAACGUGUAUGCAAUGUGGAAGAGACUCUGAAGCUUCUUCGAAAAUGGAAGACUUCUAUGAGUUAGAGUUGAAUGUGAAGGGAUUGAAAAGUUUAGAUGAGAGCCUAGAUGAUUACCUUACUAUAGAAGAGCUUCAUGGAGACAAUCAAUAUUUUUGUGAGUCGUGUAAAACAAGAGUUGAUGCUACUCGCAGCAUCAAGCUAUGUACAUUACCAGAUGUACUUAAUUUUCAACUGAAACGUUAUGUCUUCCUUCCAAAGACAACAACAAAGAAGAAAAUUACUUCUGCAUUUUCAUUUCCAGCUGAACUUGAUAUGCGCCAUAGAUUGUCUGAGCGAUCUCAGUUUGGAUUGAUAUAUGACUUGUCAGCUGUACUGAUUCACAAGGGAAUGGCUGUUAAUAGUGGUCAUUACAUUGCUCACAUCAAAGACGAAAACACUGGGCAGUGGUGGGAAUUUGAUGACGAGCAUGUUACUAAUUUGGGUCGUCAUCCAUUUGGUGAAGGAGCCUCAUGUCCUACUUCUAAAUCUGUUAAGACUGAUGUAGCUCAUUCUAAUUGCUCUGAGGCAAGGACAGCUGUCAGCAAUGGAAAUGGUUUAGAAGCCUCUCAUUCACAAUAUUCGCCUGUGGAGACAUUUUCAUCUAGUGAUGCGUACAUGUUGAUGUAUCAUCUUAAGCGUACCAAAAAUGUUGGUGAAAAAGGGGGCAUGGUUUGUGGUGCUAAUCAUAAAGAAAGAGAGGGUGAUGCAGUUACUGCACAAGACGAUGCUUGUAUCCCUUCUCAUCUUUGUGAAGAGAUUCAAAAUUUCAAUGCCUCAUACCUUGAUACUUGUAAGCAGUACAAUCAUAAGAAAGAGUUAGAAUUGAGUCGUAUCAAUGAGAGGAGACAAGAAGUUCGAUCUGUUCUAGCUGAAGCUCCUGUCCAACCAUUGGAGCAACAAUUUUUUUGGAUUUAUAGUGACUGGCUUCGUCAGUGGGCUGACAACAUUAUUCCAAGUUCUGUUGACAACACAUCUAUCCAAUGUUCACAUGGGAAAGUCCCAGUGUUAAAGGUUACCUCAAUGAAGCGAUUGUCUUCUAAAGCAUGGGAUAAGUUAUUGUCUAAGUAUGGUGGGGGGCCAACACUUUCUCAUGAGGACUGCUGUUGGGAUUGUCUGAUUGAUGAGGCUCAGAAUGUGGUGUCAGCUGACACCUAUCGGGAUCGAAGAGAAUCAUUUAAGCAACUUGCACGAGAUAUUCUUGAUGGAAAAUGUGAAGAUGGAAAGUACUAUGUGUCUAGACCAUGGUUGCAGCAAUGGUGGAGAAGAAAAGUCGCUGAUGCUCCAUCUGAAGCUGAUGGUGGACCAACAGCAGCCAUUAGUUGUCCACACCAGCAACUUAUGCCUGAGCUAGCUGCUGGUGCUAAGCGGGUGCCUGUUCCGGAGGGUUUCUGGCUCUUUUUAUAUGACGAUGCCAUUUCUGUAAAACCUGAUGAUCUUCUAGGUUGCCCUACUUUUCCUUUAGACUCCAGAGAGUGUUCCCAGUGCAGUAAUGAACUAUCUGAUGUGGCUUGCUUGGAGGACUCUUUGAGAUUAGUAAAACAAAGGCAGCGCCAGAAUCAUGAGAAACUAUUUGUCGGUAAAAGUUUGCCGCUUUCUCUACAUUGCAAGUAUUUCUUAGUUCCUUCAUCGUGGAUUUCAAAAUGGAGAAAUUACAUUAAUAUAGCUGUCAAGAAUUCAGAUAAACCUGAAACUUUAGAUGGGAUAAUUGAUUCACUGGUGUGUGAAAAGCACUCACAACUCAUUCAAAGGCCUCCUGAACUGGUUUUUAGACGCGGUGCUAUAAUCCCAAGAGAGUCUUCUGCAGGUGGCUUAACCUUCAUAUCUGAGAAUGAUUGGAAAUACUUCUGUGAAGAUUGGGGUGGUAUUGAGACCAAAGGAAUAUCUGCUAGAAUUGAGAAUAUUAAUGAUUCAGAGAAUGUUGUGACUGGAACCUGUGAAGAAAGGCCGGUAAUAUGUGAGGAUCAGUUGGACACUUGGGAUAAAGGGAAUGAUGAAUUCGGGAAUGGACACAUUGUGAUCAAGACUUGUCCUGAGGUUUGUGAAAGCUGCAUAGGAGAAAGGGAAAGCUGUGAGUUAAUGCAGAAACUUAACUAUUGCAAUGAGGAAAUAUGUGUAAUUCUUGUCCGCGGAAAGGAGGUCCCUAGAUCAAUCUUGGAGGCAUCAAAGGGCUUUGUUGAAAUGGAUCGGCGGGUUUCCAAGCGCUCCCGGAAGACUAAAAACGGGAGUUCAAUUAGUCUAAAAGUUUCUGCUUCAACAUCAAUUUACCAGCUGAAAAUGAUGAUAUGGGAAUCGCUUGGGGUUGUCAAGGAAAACCAGAUACUACAAAAAGGUGAUAGAACAAUUGAUAUUGAUGACGAAUGUGCUACUCUUGUGGAUGUAAACAUAUUUGCUGGAGAUCAGAUUAUAGUGAGGGACUCUGAGAUCCAUGAAAAUCGAGAUAUUGCUGAUGAGCUUUGUGAGGAGAAAAUGGAUGCACAGCAUACCGAGGAAGGGUUUCGUGGAACACUUCUGACAUCAAAUGUUUCAUCUCAGGUUGUUUAGGAAGAGCACUUUCGGUGGUGUCAUCUUUUGUAACUUUUAUUAAUGUAUAUAUAUCUAAAUUCCAAAGAAAAAAUCAUUUAUAUAUAUCUAAAUUAGUUUGGUACAAUUUUCAACCAUGUAAAUCCGUGUGUCCUAUGCCAAGAUAAUGGCAAAUUUUGGAAUGUAUUUUUGUUUUUUUGGGUUUUGGUUUAUAUAUAUACCAAAGUGAUUUAUAGUAGUGAAAAUCAAAUUUAAGCAUUACAAGCAAAG